AUGGGUUCAGGUACAGUACUAGCUGAACUUAAGUUUGAUGCUAUAGCAAAAUCCGGAGCUCGAAAAUCAACACCAAACAUCGCACCCAACACUCAAGAAGCUUCAGUUUCUGAAUCCAACGAUGAAGAGUUCACUGUACCACGUACAACUUCAAGAAAUAAAAGGAAAUUAAAAGAUCCGCUCCUUAGAGCAGUUGAUGCAUUAGAAAAAGUUUCAUCGCAGCAUUUUUCAAAUAACUCAGGUGAUGAUGAAUUUGACCUUUUCGGACGCACUAUAGCUCAGCAGUUACGGCAGCUUCCAUUAGAAGCUGCCCUAGAGACCGAAGAAGUAAUAUUGGCUACUAUAAGACAGCAACGUAUAAAGCUAUUAAAACAGACAUCAUUAUCACUAAGAGGUACAUCAUCAUCAAUGUCGGAUUGUAUGAAGUCUAACAGAACUAUUACCAUUACUAUACCAGAGAAUCAGCAAGUCGCACAAUCCUCAUCAGAAUCAGAGUCAAUUCCUGCUACUAGUACUGCUACGAAUAAUGAUGCAGAAGACGAGUAUUACACAUACAAUGAGGACAUACUUUCGCAAGCUGUUGCAAGCGUAUCAGAGGAUAUGACUCCACAGGACCUCAAGAUUGUAAGUAACUACGAUAAAGAACGCACGGAACCUAAGUGCCACUAUAUUCUGACGGGGCCCGAUAGGGCCAAACGCCUGCCAGGGUCGCGAGAUUGUCUUAACAGGAUACCGCGGCCCCGGAACGCAAAGGGCGACCGAAGGAACAGCCCUGCUAUUCUGUAA